AUGGUAUUACCUUACUUCCUGGGGUUCCCACACUCCAUUCGUGCUCGAUCUGCGGAGCUCCAUCAAAGAAUGGAAGAGCUGUGGUGCUGGGCCGCAGGGCGAUGAGACACGAUGGAGGGGGACCCCCUGGCGCCUCUUACGGUCCCGAUGAAGUAUUCAACACUUAGUGCUCUUCCUCGGUGCGAGCUGUCAUCCGAGGACUUUGACACUAUUUGCGUCAUUUAUCGGCUGCCUCAAAAGAAGAGGUCUUACCAUCGGCUGAUCCGAAAGAACAUCCACUUCAUUACUCACGAUCUGAUGGCAUCCCAAGGUAACUGGACCGAAGUCUUUGCUUUUUAUUCCAAACUCUCAAGACUUGUACUAAUUCCUUAUUCGCUCUUUGCAGACAACUUUAAUAAGAAGAUGCCGGUGCGCCUCGACUUCAGGACCAUCCAGAAGAUGAUGGCAGAGGCAUGGGCGUUGAAGACCUCCUCCUCUUCGUACAAAAAGCAAAUAAAGGAUUUGGUGGAAGCCAGUAAGAGACUUCAACCUCCGACGGAGGAGGAGGUACUGGAGGAUCCGGAGGAAGGGCAAGAAGAGUACCGUCCCUCCAAAAUGCCCAACUGUGGCGAGGCCAAUCCCUGCUCUGAGGCAGACCACAAUUCCCACCGGGGUGACCAUUCCGGAGAAAAGGCCCGUCCCAACUGAGCCUGCCACUGCCCAGGCCACAACACCCUGGCUGCAGUGCCAAUUGAUCGAGUGCCGGGGCAGCAAAAGAGGAAGAUGCCCCGUCCCUCUAAGGAGGUCGACUUUCUGGGCACCAAUCCCGAAGAGCCCGUAAGGGAAGUGUUGGAGGCUCUUCCUCCAGAAGCAGCUACGGUGGCGGUGGUCCACAGCAAAUACUGGACGGAGGAGUGGAGGGACCACACCGCUCCUGCACGACUAAGGAUUUGGUGGCUGCGAACAGUGCCUGCGUGGCUCGGGCCCUGAGUACAAGCAUCCAGUUUGAGGGCUUGGUGAAGGAUCUGAAUUCUAAGAGAGAGGACCUCGCCAAGCGCCUCGAGGAGGCGAUGCACUACGGGGAUGCCGUGCGAGCAGCCCAAGCCAAGGCCACGUAGGCGGAGGAGGGGAAGAAGGAGGCUGAGGCCCAGCUAACUGCCGCCAAAGGAGAGGCGGAACAGCUGAAGAAGGAGUUGUACGAGGUGGAGUGCCAAGUGGCCGCUGUGACUUGGCGGCUUGAUCAUGCCAAUGAACACCACAAGCUCGCCACCGAGGCUCUGGAGGCCUCCAACAAAGAGAAGGCGGAGCUGAGGCGGAAGGCAGAGGCUCAGUCAGAGGAGACUGCCUCUUUGAAGGAGGAGUUGAAGUCUGCAGGGGAGGUGGCAGUCUAGAACUUCAUCGACCACUUUGAAGACCAUCCCCUGUAUGACGACUUCGCCAAUUUCUGGGCCUCAUGGAGUGCCUAAAGCUUAUUGGGUCGACUGAAGGAGGUGCACCCCACUCUGUACAUCUCUUCAUUGGAGGCAGAGUUUGGGGGGCCAACUGGAGGCCGGCCUAAUAGGCUUGCCGAGGAGGCUCCGAGGCUCAGGAGGCGGCCAAUGUAGAAGUCCCUCCAGCAGAGUAAGGUUACCUUUUGUAAUGGCUUCGGCCUCCUUAUACUUAAAUUUAUUCAAUGAAAUGAAAUUUUUGUUAAGUAUUUGCGUUUCUGCUUUUUUAUCUUUUCUAUCUGUUCAUACUUGUAUGAAUGCAAGCGUCAGACUAAUUGCCUCGUGACAAUAACCAGUUAAUAACUGCGGACCGGCCCACUCAAGUAUUAAUAAGUUUAAUCACUUAAGCGAGUAUGAAGCGACUCUUAAUGCUAACCGAUUAAUAAUUUGAGAUCGGACCACUUAAGUAUUAAUAAGUUUAAUUACUUAAGCAAGUAUGAAGCGACUCUUAAUGCUAACCUGUUAAUAAUUUGAGAUCGGACCACUUAAGUAUUAAUAAGUUUAAUCACUUAAGUGAACAUUAAGAGCCCAUUAACGUUAAUCAGCUAAUAAUUGAAGAUCGGAUCGCUUAAAUGAACCUUCUGAAGGACUGAGGAAACUAUUUACUAACUGAUGUGGCUCGGAACCGAAGCUUCAUUACUUAAGAUAAAUUACACCACCCUUUAAUAAGGCAAUUCCAUCACUUAGGGAAUUUUAAAAUCGAGAUCAUAUCAAAACAAUCGAUUCAUUACAACAUACUGAGAUCGGAUCGAAAUACAGUCUCAUCAUUGAUAGUACUUCCUCAAGUGUUCGAUGUUUCACUGAUGAGGCAGCGCCGUUCCUGCCAUAUCUUCGAUUUCGAAGGUACCAGGUCGGGA